CGUUCUCUGAUUGGCUGCGGCGGGCGCCUCGCCGGCUGGUGGCUAUGAAGGUGGCGCCGGUGGAUGGUUGACCGUUGGCUUCAGGGUUGGGGGUCGCCGCGUGUGCCAUCGGCUCACCCAGGACCAGGGCGCGCGGACUGCUGCAGCUCAAGCUGGAACCCACCGGCGAGCCCAGGCUCCGCCCGGCCAUGCCCGCCGCCGGGAGCAACGAGCCGGACGGCGUCCUCAGCUAUCAGAGACCAGAUGAGGAAGCUGUGGUGGACCAGGGUGGGACCAGCACAAUUCUCAACAUUCACUAUGAGAAAGAAGAGUUGGAAGGUCAUAGAACUCUGUAUGUGGGGGUUCGGAUGCCACUGGGCAGGCAGAGCCACCGGCAUCACCGCACUCAUGGCCAGAAGCACCGGAGACGAGGAGGGCGGGGCAAAGGAGCCAGCCAGGGAGAAGAGGGUCUGGAAGCCUUGGCCCACGACACCCCAUCUCAGCGUGUUCAGUUCAUUCUUGGCACCGAGGAGGAUGAAGAGCACGUGCCUCAUGAGCUGUUCACAGAGCUGGACGAGAUAUGUAUGAGAGAGGGGGAAGAGGCUGAAUGGAAGGAGACUGCCAGGUGGCUGAAGUUUGAGGAGGAUGUUGAAGACGGGGGAGAGCGCUGGAGCAAGCCCUACGUGGCGACUCUCUCCCUGCACAGCCUGUUUGAGCUGAGGAGCUGCCUCAUCAACGGCACCGUCCUCCUGGACAUGCGCGCAAGCAGCAUAGAAGAGAUUUCAGACCUGAUCCUGGACCAGCAAGAACUGUUCAGCGACCUGAACGACAGUAUGAGGGUGAAAGUUCGGGAGGCCCUUCUCAAGAAGCACCACCAUCAGAAUGAGAGGAAGAGGAACAACCUCAUCCCCAUCGUCCGCUCCUUCGCUGAGGUGGGCAAGAAGCAAUCUGACCCACAUUCCAUGGAUAGAGACGGUCAGACUGUUUCUCCUCAGUCUGCUCCAACUACGAAUCUGGAGGUGAAAAACGGAGUGAGCUGUGAACACAGUCCUGUGGAUCUAAGCAAGGUGGACCUUCAUUUCAUGAAAAAAAUUCCCACUGGGGCAGAGGCCUCCAAUGUCCUGGUUGGAGAGGUGGACACUCUGGACCGGCCCAUCGUGGCCUUUGUGAGGCUCUCCCCAGCUGUGCUUCUCUCAGGCCUGACAGAAGUGCCCAUCCCCACAAGAUUUUUGUUUAUCUUAUUGGGUCCAGUAGGAAAAGGUCAGCAGUACCAUGAGAUCGGCAGAUCCAUGGCCACCAUCAUGACGGAUGAGAUCUUUCAUGAUGUGGCUUAUAAAGCAAAGGAGCGAGAUGACCUCCUGGCAGGGAUUGACGAGUUCCUGGACCAGGUGACGGUACUCCCUCCGGGGGAGUGGGACCCAUCCAUUAGAAUUGAGCCACCCAAAAAUGUCCCUUCCCAGGAGAAGAGGAAGAUGCCUGGGGUUCCAAAUGGAAACAUCUGCCACAUAGAACCAGAGCCACAUGGGGGCCACAGCGGGCCAGAGCUUGAACGGACGGGGCGGCUGUUUGGGGGCUUGGUGCUGGACGUCAAGCGGAAGGCUCCCUGGUACUGGAGUGACUACCGGGACGCGCUCAGCUUACAGUGUCUGGCCUCCUUCCUCUUCCUGUACUGUGCCUGCAUGUCACCUGUGAUCACCUUUGGGGGACUGCUGGGAGAGGCCACUGAAGGACGCAUAAGUGCAAUUGAAUCCUUGUUUGGAGCGUCCAUGACGGGGAUUGCUUACUCCUUGUUUGCUGGGCAGCCCCUCACCAUCCUGGGGAGUACUGGGCCAGUGCUCGUGUUUGAGAAGAUUCUGUUCAAGUUCUGCAAGGACUAUGCCCUCUCGUACCUGUCCUUGCGAGCCUGCAUCGGGCUGUGGACUGCCUUCCUGUGCAUCGUCCUUGUGGCCACUGACGCCAGCUCCCUCGUCUGCUAUAUCACUCGCUUCACUGAAGAAGCGUUUGCCUCCCUGAUCUGCAUCAUUUUCAUCUAUGAAGCGAUAGAAAAGCUGAUUCACCUGGCGGAGACCUACCCCAUCCACAUGCACAGCCAGCUGGACCACCUUAGCCUCUAUUACUGCAGGUGCACGCUCCCGGAGAGUCCCAACAACCAUACUUUACAGUACUGGAAGGAUCACAACAUUGUGACUGCAGACGUGAACUGGGCAAACCUGACUGUCAGUGAAUGCCAGCACAUGCAUGGAGAGUUCAUAGGGUCGUCGUGUGGUCAUCAUGGACCCUACACUCCUGACGUGCUCUUCUGGUCCUGCAUCCUCUUCUUCACCACCUUCAUCCUCUCAAGCACCUUAAAGACAUUUAAGACGAGCCGCUAUUUCCCGACCAGAGUCCGCUCCAUGGUGAGCGACUUUGCCGUCUUCCUCACCAUCUUCACAAUGGUGAUCGUUGACUUCUUGAUUGGCGUUCCGUCCCCAAAGCUUCAGGUUCCCAGCGUGUUCAAGCCGACGAGGGAUGAUCGAGGAUGGUUUAUCAAUCCCAUUGGCCCCAAUCCCUGGUGGACGGUGCUAGCUGCGACCAUCCCGGCUCUCCUGUGCACCAUCCUGAUAUUCAUGGACCAGCAGAUCACCGCCGUCAUCAUUAACCGGAAGGAGCAUAAGCUCAAGAAAGGCUGUGGCUACCAUCUGGACCUGCUGAUGGUGGCCGUCAUGCUGGGCGUUUGCUCCAUCAUGGGCCUGCCUUGGUUUGUGGCUGCGACUGUCCUGUCCAUCACACAUGUGAACAGCCUCAAGCUGGAGUCUGAGUGCUCUGCUCCUGGGGAGCAGCCUAAGUUCCUGGGCAUCCGAGAACAGAGAGUCACAGGCCUAAUGAUCUUCGUGCUGAUGGGCUGCUCAGUCUUCAUGACGACUGUCUUAAAGUUCAUCCCGAUGCCGGUGCUCUACGGAGUUUUCCUCUACAUGGGAGUCUCUUCUCUACAAGGAAUCCAGUUCUUUGACCGCCUGAAACUUUUUGGGAUGCCUGCAAAGCAUCAGCCGGACUUCAUCUACCUGCGGCACGUGCCGCUGCGCAAAGUGCACCUCUUCACCCUCAUCCAGCUCACCUGCCUCGUCCUGCUCUGGGUUAUCAAGGCAUCGCCAGCUGCCAUUGUUUUCCCAAUGAUGGUCCUGGCCUUGGUCUUCGUCAGGAAAGUCAUGGAUCUCUGCUUCUCCAAGCGUGAGCUGAGCUGGCUGGAUGACCUCAUGCCUGAAAGCAAAAAGAAGAAGCUGGAUGACGCCAAAAAGAAGGCUAAGGAGGAGGAGGAGGCUGAGAAGAUGUUGGACAUAGGGGGUGAUAAGUUCCCCCUUGAAAGCAGGAAGUUGCUAAAUAGUCCUGGCAAGAGCAUCAGCUUCAGAUGUGACCCCUCUGAGAUUAAUAUAUCAGAUGAAAUGCCUAAAACCACGGUCUGGAAGGCUCUCAGUAUAAAUUCUGGAAAUACAAAGGAAAAAAGCCUCUUCAAUUGAGAGCCUCUGCUGGGGUAGAAGAUUUGGGCCAUGAGGUGCCUCAGAGAAGUUCUGGUUUUCGAGAAAAUGGUGAGUCUCUCAGAAAAAAGCCGGGCUGAGUCUGGCCCCGUCCUUGGUCAUCUCAAAGCCAUGCCACAUGGAAGCAUUCAGUCACUCUCGGUGUGCGUUUUGGAGGAUACCCAGCUCCCCUCAUACCAGCAGCCAGGCACCAGCGGGGCCACCGUCAGGCUGACUUCCUGCUGCCUCCUCUCCUCUUUCUUCCUUCUCUUCAGAACCGCCACCAUUAAAGAGCCAGCUUCCCAUUUUCAGACAUUUUCUCCAGUGCUCUCUGCUGGCCUAGUGAGCCACAUGAGUCCUUUCUGUCAUUGAGGAUUCCUUCUUGAGGUCCCUCUUCAUGAAUGGUGGCUUGGGGUGGUAGCAGAGAAGCCGGAGAGGGGAGGCUCCUGGGCCUGCUGCCAGCUUCAGGCUCCUGAGAAGCCUGGGCCUCGGUUCCAUUUCUACUUGGGAAGGGGUGCUGGUCAGACCAGACACUGUAGCAGGUCUGCUGUCUGAGGUCGGCCGUCCGAGCAUCAACAAUGGCCACCACCAGAGCUGGCAAGAUGCUGCUGGCCUGGGGUCAUCCAUAUCACUCCCCAGAAGCAGUCAGCACACGGCGAUGAGACCCUUGGAAGAAGCAGGGCCAAGUGUGAGGGCGAGAGCUCAGCUGAUUAAAGGAAAGGCCUCGGGGACACCAGCAAAGUAGGAGGAUGAACAUCUUUCCUUGGGUUUCCUUGAGGAAGAAGGAGCCUGCUAGCCGAGGAAUUAAUGUAGAGACCAGGGAAGACUCCCUUGCCUGGGGAUUUGUUACCAGGUCUGUUUGUAGCCUUCUAGGAAAGAUCUGAUACCAGUUGUUUGUGGGUAGAAAGGUGAAUCUGGGGUUGUUGGCUGUUUUGUGGGACUGUUUGACAUUCUGCUGCUGUCUCAUGAGGCUACUUUGCUCCUUCACCCUGGAGAGACCCAAGUGCUCAUGGACAUCUCCUUAGCUGCCUUGGUAGCAAACUCCAUCAUCAUCACUCAGUGGAUCAAAACCGCCUUCAGCCAUGUGGCUUCCUCACCACAGAUUCCUUUUGGUUGACAGAAGUUCUGGCUCUCCGAUGUAAAAAGCCAUGCUAAGAAAUGAACUGUAAGUGGUGAAGUCAAUUUGGACACUUAGUUUAAAAGUGUAUGUAUGAUUUUUCUCUCCUGUGUUCUAAAACUGUCAUAAGGGUUUGGGCCUCAGCGCUGUGGACUCCUCCUUCCUCUGUGCACAGAAGUGACUGGCAAGCUGGUCACGCUGGCUGUCCACCUGCAUCGUUGUACAGAAGACACCACACACACACACACACACACACACACACACACACACACACACACAGUGAGUGCGUGCUGUCAUUCCUGGGUGAAGAAGCGCUGCAUCAUUUUAUUGCAGUUUGCGCCUUGGACUCUGCACGUACUCUGAGGCAUCUGGUCAUUCUCUGCAGGCCUUUGGUGUUGAAGGGAACCUGCGUUAUCACUACUUCCCUGCCUGUUAGGACCACUGCCAUUUUGAUGCAGAGAUGAUUUUCAAGAUAUUUAACAAUUGGUACAGGACAGACGCAAGCCACGCAGAGCAGAUAUCCUUUGUAAAAUAGUAGCAGGCAUUGCUGUUCAGUGCCUGGUGGAUGAAUGAAUGCCUUGCUGCUCUCAAAUCCUAAAAUGACAUCCUCUGCAAUAUAGGUGUUGUUCCUGGUUUGUCUGAUCUCUGCACAUGAGAGAUCUCUGUUGUGUCUCAGCAGCAGCCCUGGCUUGCUCUCAGGGACUACACACUGGAACAGGCAGGUGUCACAGAAAUCAGUGGGCUUUAUAGUCUCUGUGAGCCAAAUUCCAGAGCGCAUCACUUCAGGACAUAUCUAACAGUUGUACCCCUUACCCAGCUCAGAGUGAUUCAGAAGCAGCCUGUCAGUGGGAAAACUUUCUUGAUAACUUUCCACCCCCUCUGGCUACUUCCUUGAACUUGCGUCUUUUCCAUCGCUUUAGUCCCCUGGGAACACCACCAUCAUUUUCCUCCUGUGUUCCCAUGCAACCGCGUGUGUAGGGAAUUGGUGACUACUUCACCCACUGCUCUGGCCUCGGUGCGCCUGAGAGGCGUGUAACAGUGAGGAGCCCAUCGUUCAAGGAAGCCGGUGACAGAGUCCCCAGGGAAAUACCUCUUUCCAAGCACUGAUUCUUGAGUUGCCCUCUACAUGUUUAGCUGCUGGAGGGUGGGGGCUGCCUUUGUUAGCUCUGAGCAGUGCAGCUAUGGGACCUCUGAUUUUUUUUUUCUCAUGCCAACAUUUGCUGGGACCAGAGAAGUGACCACCUCUUCUAUGACAAGGGUAGCUUCUUGAGUGUUGCCAGCCAAUGUCCUGACAUCCUGGUGAUGUCAGCUGGUGAUGUGAACAGAGUGAGUGGGGGGAGGCUGAGGUUCAAGAACAUGUUGGUAGUGAAGCCUUGACUCUAAAGGAAAAGAUGUGGGGUUCCUAAGUGGCCAGGUGCAUGUCCUCCUGAUGACUGUCUGGGAAGGGUUGCUCUAGGGAGAGGGUGAAGACCUGAAGAGAUAACUGUGAAGUUGCCUGUUGUAUCUGGUUGUGUAAUACACAUGCAGCUUGGGAGGGGUCAGGAGGCUCUGGGCUUUGCCACACACAGCCCCAUCCCAGGUCUCCUUAAUUCAUGAAACUUGCCUUCAUGGUGGAGGGAAAGUGAGCCAUAUCUUCCCAAAGACAAUGUGAAUAGUUGUAAUUUCUCUUUGUUGGUGAUGGAAGAGACUUUUAAAUUACUUAUAAAUGUUGAAUAAAGAUCUGGCGUUGACUAAGUCCCUGACUUGCCCUCAGGCUGGAGUGCUGAUGGCUGCAGCCUUCCAGUCUCCCCUCUGGAGAGUCUGUGGUUUACGAUCAUCCAAAAAAGGACAGUUCAUUCCACUUUCUCCUCCACCUGCUCAGCUCUCCAGACUCCCUUCCUAGUCAGGGGAGCGGUGAUUGUCCAUGUGUCUUCUCUAGUGAUCCUGAAGCACAGGGCUAGCUAGGGUCUAGGCCCCUGGGUUUCCUUUAGUCUUUAAUGAGCAUCAGAGACAUCAUGUCACACGUGUCCCCUAAGACUUUACAGUGUCUCUGAAGGUCUUUUGCAAGAGUGACAGCACCUCCUAGGAAUUUUGAUUUUACUUUAACUGUGUAUGUGAGGGUGUUUGCCUCCAUGUAUGUCUUUGUACCAUGUGUGUGCCUGGUGCUGAAGAGAGCAGAGAGGACAUCAGAUCUCCUACAAUCGAAUUUGUAGACAGUUGUGAACUGCCAUGUAGGUGCUGGGAAUUGAACCUGGGUCCUUCUCUUAACUGUUGAACCAUGUCCUCAGCUCCUAGGCUCUUAAACUGUGGGGUCGAGCCAGUUUGUCCCUCUUCUCUCUCAUACUCUCCUUCAAGUUCCCAAGCCCCAUCCUUGUUGGACAUUCACAGGCCCUGCACUGAGUGUUCUCCGCCAUCUUGACUUUCUCUUGGUGGAAAUCUUUUAGCCGGCCCUGGCUGGUCAGGUGAGACUUUACCCACGCUAUUGCCUGUUCUGCCUCAGCUUUCCAAGAACUCUCUCUCCUUCAGCCCUUCUGGCCAUUGUUCAAGUUCCCUCUGAGGAAAGAGUCAUAAUCAGAGCUCCUGACAGCGCCACCAGUUGAGGUGGUGAGGGCUUCGAGUUCAGGGGCUGCUGACACCUCUCGGGCCUGGAUGGUUAUGUUCUGGCCUAGAUGGUUAUAUUCGGGCCUGGAUGGUUAUGUUCUGGCCUGGAUGGUUAUGUUCGGGACUGGAUGGUUAUGUUCGGGACUGGAUGGUUAUGUUCUGGACUGGAUGGUUAUGUUCGGGCCUCGAUGGUUAUGUUUGGGACUAGAUGGUUAUGCCCUGGCCUGGAUGGUUAUGUUCUGGACUGGAUGGUUAUGUUCUGGCCUGAAUGGUUAUGUUCUGGACUGGAUGGUUAUGUUCGGGACUGGAUGGUUAUGUUCGGGACUGGAUGGUUAUGUUCGGGACUGGAUGGUUAUGUUCUGGACUGGAUGGUUAUGUUCGGGACUGGAUGGUUAUGCUCUGACAUGACAUGUUGGGGAGGGACUAAGCAUUUUUAAGCUCCCAUGUUCGUCUGUAUUGUUCUACAUUCAUUGUAACAGAAAAACAUUUGAAAUUCAAACAGAAGCAACUUUUCUGCUUUGACUAUUUUUAAGUGACUCUUGGUGCCCCCCUCCGACACUCUUGCUCUGUGAGAUAGGGUCUCACUGCGUAGACCAAGCUAGUCUUGAGCCUACAGCCGAUCUCCUGCCCCCCAAGUGCUGGGGUUCCAAGCAUGUGCCACCAUACUUGGCUUGCUCUUGGUCUCUCUUAGCAUUAAUUAUAGAGAAUGGAUGGCUGACUCAGUUACAUUUUUUUCUUCAGUUACCUUUUUUGUGGCCAGAAAGGAGGAUAAUUUUCAUAAGCAAAGGAGGUGUGAAGUAACUAUAGCUGUUUGGAGUGUGUGAGAGGAAUGGAGUCUUUUCCAUAGCCCUCAGAAGUGAGUCAUCCAUCCAUAGGCAUGAUCCUUUGAGGAGAUUCUGUGCUCAAUAGGAAUGGAAUGGUUUCGGGUCCUUCUGAAGAGAAAAGGAAGAGCACCCUCCCCCAAAUCUAACCCACUUCCAGCACUAGCAAAUACAGAGUGUUUUCCCUAGCUGAUGUUUUCUGAGCAAGAGGGAGAACACAGCCUCCUACCCUCCCACAACCCCUUUCUAAGCCCGGGAGCAACUGGCUGGCUUGGGCAUUGCUUCACAGGCUCAUGGGUGACUUCUGCAGCAGGUUUUUACUUGUGUUGGGACCAGAAGCACUAACCUGAACGUGCAAUCACGCCUUUUGUGAGAGAAGCCAAAAUCCUUCCUGUCCUCCCCACUCCUCAGAGAUGCCAAGCCUCUUCCUGUCUCUUGUCUGUCAUUGGUUAGAAGUGGCUGAUGGUGUCUGGUGGAAAGCAGGGCAACCUUCCCACGGAAGGGGCAGCUUGAGGUGCUGGUACAUUUCCUCAUUUUCUGUGUGCUUCUCUCUAGGUCUCAUGUAGAGGCAGAUAUUUUUGUUUUAGAGAUUCCAAAGUCUAUAUUUUUAGUGUAAGAAGUGUACCCUCUCCACACUCCACGGCGUAAAUAGAACUGGGAAUAAAAUGUGUCAUUGUGAUUAUCCCAUAGCAAUAUGUGCUAAAAACAAGACCCCCUUCUGGUCUGUCUGUGACCAGGGCAGGUAACUGUGACAGUGUAUCUCCAGCCCCCUGCCUGCCCACUCUCAUGUGUGGUCACCUCUUUGGGUGACAAAUAAAGUCUGUAUAAACUGUU